UUAACAGAGAGGAUGCAUUUAGAGUUCAGUCCAUUCUGCAAAGGAACAGACAGCAGGCAAUAGAGCGAGGGAUAAGGAGUGCUGCUGGAAAGAGGGAGGGCUACAAAUCAUGUUUUUCAUGUCUUUUAUAAAGCCAAGGUAACAGCACUCAGAGAAUAUGCGCUCCUAUGUAAAUUCAGCCAAGAAAGACAAAGGGACCAUUCUCCAGUGCCCCUGAAGAACUGCUGAAUGAGUGAGGAACAAAGCGGCUGAUCGACUGCAGAAUGCAGAAGGGGGUAACCCACAGGUGCAAAGCACAAGAAAACUAACAGCACAGGCAAAAUUUAUAAACCUUCAUUUUCAGCACACACUUGGGCUUGUACUACUGACAGUGUGAGGAUUUGUUUGCAUUUAAGGAGGGAACUCCUAAAACUGAAGUGGAAAGUUACAUUACACUCCAGUAAACAUAAUGGGAAUUUCUGUCCAGAACAUCACGGGCAACACAGCAAUGGUCAUCUGGCCAUCAAUCUCAAGCUGUGCCGAUAGCUUCUACAGUGUCAUGUACCAGUCUAACUGGAACACAAUGAUGUCUGAGUACUCUAAGAAGAACUUCCAGAAGGAGGAAAGGAUUCCCACCAGCAAGACUUCCUUUACCAUAGAGAACCUGACUCCUCUCACUACAUACAUAACCUGCGUGACUUGCCAGUCAGCUAUUCCCUCUAGUGACCAAUGCAGGAUCUUUCAAACAUUAGACCAGGAUCACGCAGUGGUAAAUAGCAAAAAAAAGGACUUAGCCUUAGGGAUCUGGCUGACCAGCAGCAUUCUUCUUCUGAUUAUUGCCUGCAUCAUGAUUUACGGCUGCUUGCAUAUUUGGUGGCGAAAACGUCAGGAAAGGGUCAGAGAGGAAAAUACAGGAAAAAAUGAGCACAGCAAAAAAGAAGCUUGGACAAAAAAUGAUGACGUGAUGAUGAAGGAAUACGAGGAAGCUGAAAGCUUAGCACUCGGAGAUGAAAACAAGAGGGAGGAUGACUGCCCAGAUGAGGGCCAGCUAAAUACGAUCACCAAACACCCUUUGACUUUAGAGAAAAGUAAUGGUUUAAAAUGCACUGAUCAAGAGGAAUUAACUGCACACAUUUCAGAAAUGAACUAAGCCAUGGAACUCUCUGCAUCUAUUUCUUGUUAUUUAUGUCAGUGGUUUAGUUAAGCAACAAACUGUAGAAUUAAAUGAAUGUAUGUUUCACUGUCUCGUAUUCUAGUAGACAAUACACAGUUUUAAGUACUUUACAAACAUAACUUUUUUCCCCAUAUAAAAUAAUGGAAAGAUAAACAGCAUUUUGGGUCUAAACAUAUACAACAGUCACUUUAAAGGAGAAAGAAAGGUAAAAACUAAGUAAGCUUUAUCAGAAAGGUCUGUGUAAAUACAGCCAUAAGCA